AUGGUGUCCUACUACAAUCAUUUUGCAAUGUACCCGAAGAACCACGGCGGUAAUCUACCUUACUCGACCGCUGCAGGUAGUUGGUACGCAGGGAACUAUCAGCACCAGCCUCCGCAUCCACAGUUCAUCGGAGAUGGUGAAUCAUCUCCUCAGCCCAUGUUCUACACACAUCCACAUGCAUUUCACCAGCCCAGUCCGGACUGGAGCGGCCACGAAAGUUUCACGACGCCACCUCAGACAGCGUUGAUUCCGCACGGACCAAGUCCCGGCGGGCUACACCUCGGUGGUCAGGGUACGGUAGGCAGUAAUAACCACAACCACGGUGGUGACCAUCUCGGGGAUGGACCGCACUGUAUGCCAUCGCCGCCGAUUACCGUCUCGGGCAGUGAUAUGUCGAGCCCGGGAGCACCGAAUGGAUCUUCGUCACCGCAAAUUACCUCGCGACCUACGCCCGUCAAAAGCCCAUACGAGUGGAUGAAGAAGCAGUCGUACCAGGCGCAACCCAAUCCAGGGGGCCUGAUCAACAUCUGUUCGGCACCGUCCCUGCAAGAUUUCACCUCCGUGGAAUCCGGUGGGAAAACCCGCACAAAGGACAAAUACCGGGUCGUGUACACCGACCAGCAGCGAUUCGAGCUGGAGAAAGAGUUCCACUAUACCCGAUACAUCACCAUCCGACGAAAAACGGAACUGGCUCAGACUCUGCAGCUAUCCGAGCGGCAGGUGAAAAUCUGGUUCCAGAACCGUCGCGCCAAGGAUCGCAAGCAGAAAAAGAAGGCCGAAAACGGUCCGGUCAGCCUAACCGGUCAACAGCUUAUGGUCGCUCACUCGCAGCAUAACGGACCGCAAUCGAUGAGCCUGCUGGUCGAUACGAAACCGAAACUGGAACCGGGUCUACAUCUAUCCCACCUACACCAGAUGAGUGCGAUGAGCAUGGGUAUGGGUUCGAUGGGACUGCAUGCGGCGCACCAUCAUGCGCUGCAUCCACACCUCGGAGUUCCAACGUCACAGCACCUGAGUCAGACUCAUGGCUCGCAAGGCCCGCCGGCCUCGUUAAGCGCAAUGUGA